GUGUAAUCGAACUUAUUCGAAAUGAAUCGACAACCAUUUAACAACAACAAACAUGGGGGAUGUUGACGUUUUCAUAAGCAAUUACACACUUGUGGAUCCAGAAAUUUAUCAACUAUGGAUCGAGGGGUUUUCCGCCAGCGAAGCGGUGUGCUACAUAAAGCAGAAGGGAUUUGGCCAUUCUAUGGGUGCGCCACUGGAAUUGAUUGCAUCUGAUGUUCUGGACCAUUAUCGCACCUAUUCACUGAUUGAGCUCUACUUGCAUGCGCCUACCAAAUUGAUGGAACAAUCCUGUUUCCAAUUGGAGCCCGAAACGCGUGACCUAAUCAUUGAGAAAUAUUAUUCAAUUGAUGAUGUUGUGGCACGUGAAAUACUUGGCAAGAAGUUGACAUCACGCUAUCGCAAGGAUCUGGACGAAGUGGGCGAAAAGACUUGCGUCAAACUUAAAUCGUGUUGUCGCCAAUUUGACAAUGUGAAACGCAUUUUUCGAACUGUUGAGGAGAUGCCAGGAACUCUGACCAAUAAUAUUAAGCAGCAUUUCUUUAUAUCCAACGAACUGGCCAAAAGAUAUGCCUGCAUUGUGUUUUUGGCUUGUUUGCGCUUCGAAACAUCCAAAAAGAAAUUGCAAUAUUUGAGCUUUAGCGAUUUGCUCACCUGUUCGCACUCCAUCAUGAUCUACUGGACAUAUACAUAUCAGCACACCGGACCCGAGUAUUAUGACACCGAAAUGGACAAGGAAUUCCUUUUAGAUUUGCGUGAGUUGCGCUGCUUAUUGGACAAGGAAAAGGAGAUUAAACAUCUUGUCUGCCUGCGUUUGAAGCCUGUUUUGCUGGAGCGCGCUUUUCACGAGCUAGAUGGAAAUUUUCGUUCGUAUUGGCGGGCACUUAUCACCAUUGCCUGCAAUCUGCAUAGGAAUCGUGAGUUGAGAGAUUUAUUUGUCGAUCUGUGCGAGAAAUUGGUUGAGCCUUGGCGUCAGAAUGGCUGGAAUCGAGAGCAAGUCAAUAAAUUUCUCUCUUCAAUAACACAGAGCGUUCUGGAUUUGGAAAUAUCUAGAGAUCAAGAGACGCGUUGCCUUUGGGAUCGCUAUAUGCAAGUUAUAACAAUAUGUUUAGAUAAAAUGUAUCAUAUAUAAAUAAGUUAUGUUUUUCUUUUGAUAUAAGUAUUGGAUUUAUUUUAGAAUUAAACUAUAAACAUUUGA